UUGAACUCAUUUUUUGAGGUUUGGGACCCGUUCCGAGGUGCUAUCAUUGCCCAGUUGGAUUGGGAUUCCGAAGCAACUAUCUGUGGGCUUGCUCAUGUAGACAGACAUUCAAUGGCGGCCAUUUCAAGCCUUCAUUCAACUGUUCGAUUGCUCGACACUCGGACAGGUGGUUGGACAAGUGAAUUAAAGGUUUCAAAUCUGCCUGGCCUCACGAGAGCGUUUUCUGUGCGAGAUUCUGGUCGCAAAAUGGUAGUUGCUCUAUCCAACGGUACCUUAGUGGUAUUGGAUGCUCGAACUGGCCGAUUAACAUCUCUUUCACAUGGGAAUAACACACAUACCACUGCGGUAAAAUGGCUAACUGAUACGGAUUUUCUCGUUUGUGACGCUGAUGAACCCGGAACAGUAUUUGCCGCCAAUCCGCGGAUAUCCUCUAUACGUAAGCUUGCUGACACUGUAACGAGUGCAUUUGUUUGUGAUGACAAGCUCGUGACACUCCAAGGCAACAACGUUGUCAGGGUCUACGGUGGAGCUGAAACGCUGCUGGAGGCAAAAAUGAAAUCCGAUAGUCAAUCAGGCAGUCCAUCUUCGAUCUGCUAUUUACCUCUAAACAACGCUUACCUUAUAGGAUCAAAUCAGGGAUCUAUUCGCUUAAUGUGCUAA